CGCGGCGAAUCAUCGACCCGGGAGAGCUUCGUCUAUCAUUAGCUACAGCGUCUACCUGGAGGAGGAGCUAGUAGGAAGCUAAGAGGCAUGGAUCAGCUGGUCGCCAUGGCGAUGGCUCAGCCGUCGAGCCCGACCUCGCUGCACGUCGCGCACAAGAUCCCGGCCGGCGACGGGCCUUACGCAAGGGCCAAACACUUCCAGCUGGUGGAGAAGGACCUGGACGCGUCGAUCGCGUGGUUCUGGAAGGCGAUCGGCACGGGCGACAAGGUGGACAGCGCGCUCAAGGACAUGGCGGUGGUGAUGAAGCAGCGCGGGUACCUGGCGGAGGCCAUCGGCGCCGUCCGGUCGCUGCGGCACCUGUGCCCGAAGCAGUCGCAGGAGUCGCUGGACAACAUCCUCCUCGACCUCUACAAGGCCAGCGGGCGGACCAAGGAGGAGAUCGAGCUGCUCAAGCAGAAGCUCCGCAAGAUCUACCUUGGCGAGGCGUUCCAUGGCAAGACCACCAAGCGCGCCCGCUCGCACGGCCGCAAGAUCCACGUCUCCAUCAAGCAAGAGACCUCGCGCGUCCUGGGCAACCUCGCGUGGGCGUACAUGCAGCAGCGCAACUUCAUGGCGGCGGAGGUGGUGUACCGGAAGGCGCAGAUGAUCGACCCGGACGCCAACAAGGCGUGCAACCUCGCGCUCUGCCUCAUCGAGCAGGCCCGGCUCGCCGACGCCCAGCUCGUCCUCACCGACGUGCUCGCUGGGAGGUACCAGGCGCGCGACCAGCAGGACGGCAAGAUCGUCCGGAAAGUGGAGGAACUGCUGGCCCGGAUCAUGGCGCAGACGUGGCAGGGCGGCGGCGGCGGUCGACGACGCCGGGACGAGAGCGACGACGACGACUGGGUUGAGAACCAGAUGCUGGCUCUGCUGGACGUGGCGGUGCCGUACCGGAAGACCAGCAGGAGGCUGCCCGUCUUCGAGGAGAUCUCGCCUAUCUACAAGGAGCAGGUGGCUUGCUAGAAGCUACACUACAUAUAUAGAUCAGUAGCAGCAGCAUCUUUUGAUCGAGUCGAGUGUGUGCCGAAUUUUUGUCUAGCUCACAGCUUUUGGAUCAACUCCGUAGCAACAGCAGUAGCAUCAGCUCAUGCUCAAGCAUACAUGUGUGCAGUGCAUAUUUAUGUCAUAUAUAGUCGUGUAUGUGCUUGAUGUGUACAUAUCUUUGUUCAUUCCAUUUCUCCGCUAGUCAUCAGUCAGAAAGUGUUACGGAAGCAGAUUGAGAUGGAUUACAGGAG